UGUCACUGUCAAUGUCACAACAGUAUUCAAUUUUAAUAUAUUCAAUUCAAAAAGUUCUUAAGUAAAAUUUUAUAAUUAACUAAAUAUUAAUUCAUUUACGUGAGUAAAAUAUAACCAUGGCGGCAUACAAUAGAACUCUUAAUUUUAUAGCUUCAAAGUUGGGUCUGAGUGAGGAAGAAAAAGUUUUAAAUAAAGCAGCAGAAUUUGAGCGACUUCUUCAAGCAAAGACAAUAGCUGGCAGUAAUAUCACUGACGUUAGCAAAGUUGCUGUAUGCCUCGAUCUAGCUGCUAGAAUGAUUGGUGUUGAUUAUGACGUGAAAGCUGUCAUCAAAUAUUCAGGCCUCAAACCAGCUAUGUACGCCAACAGUCGAAAAGUCCUAGAGAACUUACUUGAAAUUAAUAGUGACAAAUUGAGUACUUCACUGCUAUGUAUCACUUUACAAUGCAACGGAGUUCAGACAUUAGCUGAUAAGAUACUGCAAGAUUAUCAGAAGCAGGCUAAAAUGGAAAUUGACUUGAAUCUCCCGCAAUAUGUAUGCAUGGCGGUGUAUCAAGCAUGCAGAAUUAAUAAAGUGAAAGUGCCAAAGAGUAAAAUAUUAGAGAAGAGUCGUUUAAAACCAGCGCAAUGGGCGAAGUUAGAUGCCGACUGGACUAAAUUCGUUGAUGAACACUUUGCUGGUGUCAAGAAGAGGGUGCGUCAACCAAAGGACCUGAAAGAAAACGAUGAUAAUCAAGAAAAAAUGGAAGUCGACAGUCCCAAAAAAGAAGAAACAGCUGAUCUACAAAUAGAGCCUUACAAGGACUGGAAACAGCGGAUGUUGGAAGCGGCGUAUAAAGAAUUGUCAGAGUUGGAAAACAAGGAAACACAGAGCAUGACUCCUAGGAGAUCACCACGGAAAACGCCACAGAAGUUUUCGCCAUAUAAAAAUUCUAGCAAAGAAAAAGGCGUACGGUUAUUAUUUCCACUUAAUUCAUGAUAUAUAACGUCAUUUUAUAUUAAAAGUGUUCAUAUCGAA